AUGAAAGACGAUAUUCCUAACAAAAGCAGAAGCGUCUCGGGUACAAGUUCCUCUGGAGAGUCAGUCGUAUUGCAUACUCCAGCAGACGACGUUUCAGUCUUCAAAGCUGCCAUUGCAGAAGACCCUAGCCAUAACCAUGGCUAUCCCCCUCUUCUGGAUCAUGUUUCACGGCUUCAUACCACCGAUAUGGCAGAGGUCGGUUACAAUCUUGAUUACUUGGCAGCCAGCCAGACUCCACAAGCCAUUCGUCAGCGCGAAACGGACAAACGAAUCAUAACAGGCGGAUCAGAUUUCCCUCGUAAACCUUCGUAUGGAAACUGCGUGGUGAGAUUCAAAAGAGCGAGUCGAAAAUUUUGGGCUGAGUUCUUUGGAACUGCUAUUUUGGUCCUCUUCGGGACGGCUGUCAAUCAUCAGGUUGCACUUGGGGGAUCAACACUAGUGUCCAGCACGCCAACAGGCUCUUUCGUUUCUGUCGCAUUCGGAUGGGGGUUGGCUGUGAUGUUGGGCGUUGUCUUGUCUGGCGGACUGAGCGGUGGUCAUGUUCGUUCUCCCUCUCAAUGUCCAUCAAUUGCUCCAGAAACUGAUGGGCGCGUCGAGGUCUCGUUUAGCUCAAUCCGGCCGUCACUCUGUUCUUGGGCGAUGGUCCCACUCUAUUGGUUGGCUCAGUUCACUGGCGCUACUUUUGGAGCUGCCCUCGCAGUUGGAGAUAGUGGAAAUAUCGCUCCAGUCAAAGGCCUUGGACCAUUUUUUAUCCUUUGGGUGGUAUUUGGCCUGGCAUCGGGAUUAGGAAUGCAGACUUCCUUUGCUCUCAAUCCGGCGCGGUUUGCUGACCCCAAGAUCACUUCCUCACCAAAUAGUGAUAUCGGGCCCAGGUUAUUGACAUGGUUAGCGGGCUACGGAAACUCGGUCUGGACCAUCCGGAGUUGCUAUUUCAUAACUGUUGCUACUUUGGGACCCGUAUUCGGCGCAAUAAUUGGUUGUAUCAUCUACGAUCUCUUCCUGGCAACUGAAGAGGUUCCAGAUUGCCUCUUACACGGUCAUUCACGUUUGUCAUACAAUUGGCGUAAGAUACAACCCAGUACUACAGUCCCGGAACCCGAAAAAUAUUUAACACAAUUCAAUAAGAAAAGAAGUGUAGGAGCUCGUCUAGGCCGCUCGCCCCAAGUCAAUAUCGGGAAGACUAGCUCACAUCGAUAUGUUUCACUUGAUGCUGCAUAA